AUGGCAAAGAAUCGAGUUGCUCCUAUAAAAGGAAUGACAUUACCACAACUGGAGUUAAUGGCUGCAGUACUAGGAGCUCGCUUAGGACGACAUUUACUGGAUGAAUUAGGAAUGGAACGUGCUGUAUAUUGGAGUGACAGUCAGAUAGUCAUACACUGGAUAUGUUCCGAGAAACAACAGAAUAAAUUCAUCAAAAACAGAAGGACAGAAAUCAACGAUUUGACAGGAUCCAAGGACUGGCGAUAUGUUCCUACGCUUUCAAAUCCUGCGGAUUUACAAACCAGAGGCUUAUCUGCGAAAGAAUUUCAAGACAACACACUUUGGUUCCAGGGACCAGAUUAG